CGAGUGAGAAUACGCCUAAUAUGAAUUAUCUGAGGAUGACAAUUUAUAGAUGAAGCACCAGAAACUGACUUGCAGUCAGCGCUCAGGAGACACAUCUCAUUCCGGUGGUGAGCGAGGUCCAGCAGACAGCCCUGGCAACUUAAACACCGGCGUGCACAGCCGAGCGCGUUUCUAAUGUAAGACACUGUUUAAAAUAAAUUGUGCUGUUUCUGUGGAGAAGACAGCCUGCAAAGAGGAGCUUUCCGGCAGUGCCUACAUACAAGAGCGACAUCAUAGAUUUCCUGCGCUAUCGCAGCGAAGAGAGGGGGAGGAGGAGAGCGCUGAUUCACGGCUUGAAUUGAGGAAGGAGAGCCGUGCGGACGGACUCUGGAGAUCCAUCUCAUAUACUAAAAUACCGACUCCCCCCCCCCCCCCCGCGCCUCCUCCUCCCUCGUCAUUGACAGCUUUGCGACCCGGUCAGUCCGUCAGACAGGGAGGAUCUGUGGAGGAGGGCGCCAAGGCAGGAGAGGACGAAAGGCGAUCACCUCUGGCCGGUUUGAUCCAAUCGCCAACACCGUGUAGGUUGGGGACCUGCCUCUCCCUACAUGAGGACGACACAGUGGCUGCACCGGGGGAUUUUGGACCGAGGAGCACGUUUGACCCAAGAGAUCCAAACAGCGAAAUUAUUCUGAGACUGUUGGCAGGCUGAUCUGAACGGCAAAACAAUAAUAAAGGGGUUGGACAGGAGCUAUUUCGCAGUCUCUACAUAAACUCCCCGGAAUACAAAUCCAGGUGGUGGGUGGAGAAAAAGCACAGCCCAGUGCUGGAUCCCAGAGGGACUGUCAGUGUGGUAAGGACCCUUGAGACGAAGGAGGGUGCAUGGAGGGUUCAAGGCCUGUAAAGCCAGGGUCGUCAGCCUUGCUUUGGUUGGGGCUGGUCUCUGUGGCUGUAGCCUUCCUUUGUACAGAGGCCCGGACCACUCCGAGCCCUCUACUUAGCCCCAGCAAUGCAACCUGCACAGGAAACUCCAAGUGUCAUGCAGGGAUUAUCCUGCCCAUCUGGUAUCCCGAGGAUCCCUCCAUGGGAGACAAGAUCGCACGGGUCAUUGUGUAUUUUGUGGCAAUGAUCUACAUGUUUCUUGGAGUGUCCAUCAUUGCAGACCGAUUCAUGGCAGCCAUUGAGGUCAUCACCUCCCAGGAGAAGGAAAUUGUCAUCAAAAAGCCGAAUGGUGAAACAACCACCACCACGAUCCGGGUGUGGAAUGAAACAGUCUCAAACCUCACCCUCAUGGCCUUGGGCUCAUCCGCCCCUGAGAUUCUGCUCUCUGUAAUUGAGGUUUGUGGUCAUGGAUUCAAAUCUGGUGAGCUCGGACCUGCCACAAUUGUUGGCAGUGCAGCCUUCAACAUGUUUGUCAUCAUUGGCCUCUGUGUGUCUGUCAUUCCCCAAGGAGAGGUACGCAAGGUCAAACACCUCAGAGUGUUCUUUGUCACUGCAGGCUGGAGCAUCUUUGCUUACAUCUGGCUCUACAUGAUUCUGGCUGUGUUUUCUCCUAAUGUAGUCCAGGUCUGGGAGGGUCUACUCACAUUGGCCUUCUUCCCCAUAUGUGUACUCCUUGCCUGGGUCGCCGACAGACGACUGCUCUUCUACAAGUUCAUGCACAAGAAGUAUCGCACAGAUAAGCACAGGGGUGUAAUCAUCGAGACGGAGACUGAGCGCUCCAAGGGGAUUGAGAUGGAUGGCAAGAUGGUCAACUCUCACUUCAUGGAUGGAGGUGCGGCAAGCAACCUUAUUGGUUUGAUCGAGAGCAAAGAGGUGGACGAGUCCCGGCGUGAUAUGAUCCGCAUCUUGAAAGACCUGAAGCAGAAGCACCCAGAGAAAGAGUUGGAUCAGCUGGUCGAGAUGGCCAACUACUAUGCUCUCUCGCACCAGCAAAAGAGCCGUGCCUUCUACCGGAUCCAAGCUACACGCAUGAUGACAGGCGCAGGAAAUAUCCUGAAGAAGCACGUCGCAGAGCAGGCGAAGAAGAGCAUUAGCGUGCAGGAGGUGCAUGUGGAGGAACCAGAAGAGUAUGUGUCUCGAAUUGCAUUUGAGCCUGCUGUCUAUCAGUGUCUCGAGAACUGUGGAGCCGCCAUUCUGACCAUCACCAGAAAGGGUGGCGACAUCAACAAGACGAUCUACGUGGAUUAUAAGACAGAGGAUGGCUCGGCUAACGCUGGGGCUGAUUACGAGUUCACAGAGGGUACAGUAGUGUUCAAACCAGGAGAGAUGUUCAAGGAAAUAAGCAUUGGCAUCAUAGAUGACGACAUCUUUGAGGAGGACGAGCACUUUUUUGUGCGGCUCAGUAAUCUGCGUGUCCUGGAGACUGAGGAUGAGGUGCUGUCCGCCAACAGUCUGCCAUACCCAAAGGCUAUUCUAGGUUCCCCCAGUGUUGCCACUGUGACCAUUCUGGAUGAUGAUCAUUCAGGCAUCUUCACCUUUGAGAGCAACUUAGUGCACGUAAGUGAGAGCAUUCGUAUUAUGGAAGUGAAAGUGCUAAGAACUUCUGGAGCAAGGGGGACAGUCAUUGUGCCUUAUCGCACCGUGGAUGGACUCGCCAAAGGAGGAGGGGAGGACUUUGAAGACACCUAUGGAGAGCUUGAGUUCAAAAAUGAUGAGACCUGCAAAGUUAUUCACGUGAAAAUUAUUGACGAUGAGGAGUAUGAGAAAAACAAGAACUUCUUCCUGGAGCUGGCCGAGCCUCGCAUGGUAGACAUGAGUCUGCAGAAAGCCCUGUUGUUAGCUGGCGAUGUACCAGACAGGAAGAUGACAUCAGACGAGGAGGAAGCCAGGCGCAUCGCAGAGAUGGGAAAACCAGUGCUGGGGGAACACUCCAAGCUGGAAGUCAUUAUUGAGGAAUCAUACGAGUUUAAGAGCACAGUGGACAAGCUGAUCAAGAAGACCAACCUGGCACUGGUGGUGGGAACAAACUCCUGGAGAGAACAGUUCAUGGAGGCCAUUACAGUCUCUGCAGGAGAUGAGGACGAAGAGGACACAGGGGAAGAACGGCUGCCGUCCUGUUUCGACUACGUCAUGCACUUCCUCACUGUCUUCUGGAAGGUCCUGUUUGCAUGCGUUCCUCCCACAGACUACCUGAACGGCUGGGCCUGUUUCGUCGUCUCCAUCAUUAUCAUCGGCCUGCUCACGGCCGUCAUUGGUGACUUGGCGUCUCACUUCGGCUGCACCAUUGGCCUCAAAGACUCAGUCACUGCUGUGGUGUUUGUAGCACUUGGUACUUCUGUCCCAGACACCUUUGCCAGUAAGGUAGCAGCAGUCCAGGACACCUACGCAGACGCCUCUAUUGGGAAUGUGACCGGCAGCAAUGCUGUCAAUGUCUUCCUGGGAAUUGGCUUGGCCUGGUCAGUGGCAGCCAUCUACUGGCACAUGAAAGGGAAGCCGUUCGUGGUGGAAGCUGGCUCGCUGGCCUUCUCUGUCACUCUUUUCACCAUCUUCGCCUUCCUUGCCAUCUCGGUGCUGCUUUACCGGCGCCGAGCCCACAUCGGAGGAGAACUGGGCGGGCCCAGGGGACACAGACUGGCCACAUCAGCCUUUCUUUUCUGCCUCUGGUUCCUUUACAUCCUCUUCUCCAGUCUGGAGGCCUACUGUCAUAUAGAGGGCUUCUAAACAGAAAAGACCUCAGCGUGAGAGGAUACACACAUACAGGGGUUUAAAGUACAACUUCAGAGGUAAAAGAGUGAAUUCUCACUGCGGAAUUUGGGUCAGUCUUGUAUGGUAUGAAAGGACAGGAGAGGUAAACCCGGGGUUUUCCCAGACCUCCCUCCCUCUCCCUCUCUCUCUCCCUCAACCCCUUCUGUAAGGAUGCUUUGAGGUGUGUAUCCUGCCCUCUAGUGCCGACAGGCCUGUUCGCUCCGGCUAUAGGAGAGCCGUCCUGAGCCUGUGCGAGUGUGCUUACAGUUGGGAUUGGGUUACCACAGAGUCCAGAAGAUGCCGAUGCCAGGGUGGUCCUGCAUUCCACUGGAAGAGACUGAGGUCUUAUAUCUGGAGAGAGUUGAGUUAAUCAGAGGUAUAUAUUUUUCUCAGCAUCUGAAGAGAACGACUUUUUUAAAAAAGUAUUUUGGGGAUAAAAAUGCAAAAAUAAAUAAAACAAAAAAAAUAAACACACACACACACACACACACACACACCCACACACACAAAGAGGAAUAAAAGAACUAUUUUCUGAUCUAUGUUAAGGAAUAGCAAAAGAUAAUAUCAUAAAUGGGAAUAUGUUGUUGAGUGAUGGUGGGAUGGAUUCAUAGUAUUUAUUUUUAUUUGCAUAGUUUCCUAAGAAGCACUGCAGAGUUCUCAGAAAUCACACAAAGAUGAAGAAGAAGAGGAGCGACAGUGACAGUUCAUACUGGCAGAUGAAUCACCAUUCAAACAGGCGAGGAGGAAGAGGUGGACACUGCCCUGAACAUUACUUCCGUACUCUAUACGUAUCUAUAUAUAAUAUAUUUCCAUAUUUUCUGUAUAUUUUGAAUAUUUGUUUAAAUGUGGUCACCUUCUGCUCUAACAAUAGAGGAUUUCUGUGGCAAAGCGGGAGGGGAGGGGGGGUCAAACUAUAUACUGGAACGAUGUCUUCACAUUUCUAAGAGUUAUGUAUCUUGCCUAGGUAAAAGUACGACAUUGUAUUUUAUUUAUUUACUGAUAUCUUGGUCUCACUCGAGUUUUCACCUUUUCAAUCAGAAAUCUGAAAAAAUAAAAAAAACAUGUUGCUGCAGAGGUAAAUUCAGAGGUAUUUUUCUACUGUUCCUUCCAUGCACUUUGCUGUAUAGUUCUAUUUAUGGAGACUUCUACUUGUACUUGUGCAAAAGGCCAAUAUUAAAGGUGUCACUAUGGACUGAACAGAGUGCCUGUGGAGGGAGAGGCGUUUGCUGCAGCUGCCCACACCGACAAGCUCUUUGCUCAGUUGAAUAAUAAUAAGAGUUUCUUCCUAAAAUUCUGCAUAAGCAUUUUUAAAGCUGCAUUAAAAGAUUUUUGGCCACUUGGGGUCAGUAUAAAAAGCUGAAAUCACAACAUCUGCCAUGUUGUAACCUUAAAGAAAGCCAAAGUCCUGGUGCAUAAUAAUAACAUAGGCCUACUGUUGAGCUAGGUCUUGUAGUAAUUUGCAUUAUGACAAAUAUUAAUGUGAGAUUGAAUCAGGUUUUCUCACUGGAACAGCUCUUCUGUCACUCUGGCUCUAUAUAAAGUUGCUAUGGUGAAUGUGUUAGCAAACAAUUGCUUAUUUACACAUCCAGUAGAAACAGAAACAUAAGCAUUCAUUUGGAGAUGUUUCUGGCCACCUGGUGAAUGUAAGUCCAAUAGUCCCUCUCCUUUUAGCUCUGUUUAGUUCUCCUACAACUCCAAGGGGAAUAUCGUACUUUUUAGCUGCCACAUAUUGCACUUUUAUUUCACCCUAGAUGCUAACUUUGUUUGCUGUUUGGUGCUGGGCAGGAAUCAUGCAGCGGAGUUAGCUAAAAUUGCUACUUAAUGGGGCAGGGGUGGUGGACUAGGGGGAAAGGGGACUGAGCAAACAUGUGUCCUCAUGUGAGGAGGGCCCACAAGAGUUGGGUGAUUUUUAUUUUAUUUGUGGGUUUGUAACUAUGACCAACAACUUUUCACAAUUACAUGUAGUCAUGGUAUCCAUUGUUAAAUAUCGAUUAGUGCAGCUUUAACAAAGUAAAAUAUAUUCUUGCCAAUACAGGAAAUCAAGGUGAUUCAGUAAUCAGAUUUGUUGGUGUUUUGUUGGCAGCGCUUCAAAAAUUGACUCAUAAAUUACAUGUUGGUUCUAUUUCAACUUUUGAUCAUUAUGUAAAGAGUAGGUGUCAGUGAUGCUCAUUUUGGAUUGAAACUUGAGUGAAGAAGCCGUGUCGAGAGCUGCUGGCGUGGGCGGGCAGCAGAUAGCGCCAGGUUGAAUUUGAAAGUAGCCUGAUAUUGAUAAUGAAUGCUGUUUAACACAUGACUGGUGCUUUGUUUUUAAAAUGAGAGAUAAAAAAUCACAUGUUUGAAACUCCCAAGAGCAGAAGAAAAUAUGUUUAUAACUUAAUUUGCAUAAAAGUGUAUGUUAUUAUAUAAUCAGUCAAUUCUUGGCUAAUUUAAAAAUCACCCAAGAGAUUACCAAAGAGGUGGGAUGCAACAUCUGUUUUAAAAAAAAAAUUACAAAAUAAAAAGUGAACAAAAAAAA